UCGGUCCGAUUUCCAGACGCGCUCCGAUCCGGGAAGGAGCUUUAAAAAAUCUACUUUAGCUUUCAGAGAAAUUUUACGUUUCUUUUUCUUUUGAGUGUAUGUUUCCAAUCUGCCGCGCAGAGCAAGUGCGUGUUUUCGUCGUUGUUAAAAGUUUAUUUGAAAUAAAAUAUCAUAAAUUCAGAUGAGCAAUAUGCCGUGCAUUGUACCGACUUGCAGAACGCCGGCAGCUACCCUCGUUCCAUUCCCCAGCAAUCCGAAACUGGCGGAACGAUGGUCCGAAGCCAUUCAGGUGGGAUGUGAAAUACUCGGCGCCGUCAAUUUCGGGAAAAAUACUAUCCAUCAGAUUUGUGAAUCUCAUUUCUGUGCUGCUACAAAUGACUACCAAGAACCAUCGUUGUUUGUCAACAGCAAAAGCAAAAAAGUACAGAUUGUAUGCUGCCGUAUGUGUCUUCGAUUCCAUCCAAUUACGAAAUCUUUGCCGAAGAGUGGCCAUAUAGGAAAGGACGACAUAUCAUCGUUCAUUAUGGAAACGAUGAACAUCGAUGUAAAUGAUUCGAGUUAUUUUAAUUUUAUUUGCGAAUGCUGCUUUGCACGCAUCGAUAUCUGCAAGGUAAUAUUGUCAAGUUUUCUCGACGCCGAUCGAUGCUUUCAGGAACUUAAAAACCAUAUCACCGCCCAGGAGUUGGAGUUUCUAGUAAAAGAUGAGGCAACGAUUUAUCAGACGAUUUCCGAUUCCGAAGAGUUACUUUCUGAGUCCAUGGAUGAUGAAAGAAUGGAAGAUGAAAACAAAUCAGAAAGUGAAACAGAGUUGAACUAUGAUUCUGAAGAUAGCCUGAUUGAGAUGGUAGAAAAUGACACUACACUUUCUGACGGAUCAGAUACCAAAAAGGAUUCAAUUAAUGAUAAACGCCCAAAAAGGUACAAAAAUGGAGCAUUCAGGAGAACUUUACGCAAAAAGUAUCUGGAAUCUAAUGAAACAGAUUCAGAUAAUUUGACACUUUUAUUAGCAAAAAAGUGUUAUAUCUGUCAAAAGGUGUGGCCGGAUGCAAAUGCGUUGAACGAACACCUCACGGCUCAACAUGCAACCAUAACUGACUACCGAUGCGAAGAGUGCAACGAGGACUGUCUAACAAUUGGAUCAUACAAUCGUCAUUUGGCCAAACACGAUAAAUCUGAACGCCCACAUAAAUGUAAUUUUUGUCCGUAUCGUUUCGUUCAUAAUGUAAACAUGAGGCGUCACGAGAUGGCAGUUCACAAUGUAAAACAUAAUGUGAAACCUUACAGUAAACAUAUCGUUAGGAGCAUAUUAUGCGAACACUGCGGGGCUUCAUUUCGCUACAGUACAAAGCUCACAACCCAUAUACGUAUACAUCAUCUGAAUAAAAAACUAACCUGUAGCAUCUGCAACCAAUCAUUUACCACUAAUUUCAGUCUCGAACGGCAUAUGUUAAUACACAACAACCAGAAACCACACGUUUGUGCUACAUGUGGCGAAAGUUUCCGCAGGCUGCUCGAUCUAAAACAUCACAUGGAAAAAGUUCAUGAAGGACGUAAUCCUCAUGUUUGUACCGAAUGUAACAAAGAAUUUAAAACUUAUUAUACCCUGUGUACGCAUCGUUCCCAAGUACAUAAAGGAAAUCCUCCCCAACCAUCACGACAAUCAAACAAUGUAUCAAUCGAGUGCUCCGUUUGCAGCGUAAUUUUUCCUACACACCGGGAACUUGGCCAACACAUCGAAGACUGUCACUCAAAAAAUUAUCCCUACUUUGAAUGUAACGUGUGUCAGGAGAAAUUCAUCACUAAAAGACUAUUAUAUUUGCACAAAGCUUUGCAUACGGAUAAAUUUGAAUGUAAAAUAUGCGAAAAGAGGUUCCAGACUAAACAGAGGUUACAGCAACACGAUGACGCCCAUCACAACACUGAACGGAAGUACAAGUGCUCAAUCUGCACAGAUAAUAGAUUUUAUAAAAAUAUUAGUUCUCUUAAAAAUCAUAUGACGAUACACAGAAGGGGAAAAAUUUUUCCGUGUGAGUUUUGCGACAAAAGCUUCGCACGCAAAGAUGUCCUAAAGAUUCACCGAAGAACUCAUACCGGCGAGAAACCUUUCGAAUGUCCCGUUUGUCAGAAACAUUUUGGAGAUAAUGGAACUUUCAGUAAGCACAAGAAGCGGUGCUUGUCGAAUGCAGCGUCUAUGGGUGGCAAAACAUUGAUGCAAUGAGACUCUACAAAAUUGAAAAAUUAAUAUUUACUUUAAAUUCAUUUCUAAUAAAAUGAAAGUUAAAUAAGGAAUCUGAAAAAAA